CGCCGCCAUGUCGCAGGUGCUGCCCUACGGCGAGGAGAAGCUGGGCGCCUUCGACGCCGCCGCCGGGGGGCAGGUGCCCUUCGCGUGUCGCCUCCGCGACGGCGGCGCCUUCUUCGCCGGCGCCCCGGGCAAGCGGCCCCCCAAGCUCGGCCAGAUCGGCCGCAGCAAGAGAGUGGUCAUCGAGGACGACAGGAUCGACGACGUGCUGAAAGACCUCUCGGAAAAGGCACCUCCUGAUGUCUAAGGCUUCCUGGAUGUGCCCGGCCAGGGGCUGCGAGGGCAACGGCACCACGAAGCAGCCAACCGAAAUGAAUGAUACCACCAAUCACCCUGUUAAUUAAUUAGAAAUAACGAUGGAGGCGAAGGCAGRGGCAGGAGGGAACAGACAAAAACAAGAAGAAAAUAAAAUCAGCAAAACGUUCAUGUACUUCCCCGCCCCCAGCAAAAUCCCACCCUGGCCUGCCUAUACAGUGAUAUAUAUAUUAUAUAUCUAAAUAUUCCCUCUUAAAUCGCAUUGUAACGGUUUAAUGGACAAGAGCGCGUGCAAAAAGCAAAACCCCGAUGAGGGGAAAAGCCAGUUUUUCCAGACUGGGGGAGAUCCUGGGUUUUUGGGUUACUUUUCCUUAUAUUGUGGCAGUUUGUUCUCUUUAAUAGACUGUUGAAAAAGAAAACAAAAAGGGAAAAACCACAAGAAAUAUCGAACGCGACCACGUGAGUGCCAAAUCCCUCGAGACACCGCGGGGCAGCCUAUUUCCGUCCUGAUUUUUGUGCCCUUUGAGGCCACGCAAAGUGGCACUUUUUGGUCUUUCCAUUGGAUUUCCUGAGGCUUUGGGGGGGUCUCCAGUGGCCUCUCCAGGGGGGAUUUUUGCUUUGACUUCUCUCUCUUUCUCUUUUUAUUUUUUCUUUUAAUAUUUUGCAUGAUGGGCAAAGGGCAAAAGGAAGACUCUGCGAUGCUGGACCUCAGGGCAGGUUUAUUUUUUUUCUUUUCAUUCCUCUUUUCUUUCUCC